UAUUACAACUUAGGGUUAGGGUUAACUCCUGAUUUGCUUAGCUAGGCAAGCAGGAUAUAAAUAUUACAACCACCACUGUCGUGCUAUCAUUAUCACUACCACUUAAGAGGGUCCCCUAUACAUUUUUUGUGAUGCAUGAAUGGGCAUUUUUUCUUUGCGUGAAGCAUGAAUGAGGAUUUAUUUUUUCCAUGAUUCGUGAAUCUAUAUUUUUCCAUCCUCGGGAAACUGGUUUUCAAUUUUUUCGUGAUCCGUGAAAAAUGCAGUUACUUUCGCGUGAUUUGUGAACCAUCGACUUUUGUGGGAAUAAUUUUUCACAUUUUUGGAGAUUUUAGCAUCAUAAAUGCUCGUAUACUACACCAAACUGGAUGUAAAAAGCGUGACGGCCUGCCUUUCUCGACAUCUCUUGACAUGCGUGAGGAUGGAGGACUGAGAACUAACCACAGCAACAGUGAACCAGGAGGGCAUAGAAUCUAGUCUGUCACGCUGUGUCACACAUGCAGGGUAUCACGCCAUUUCGAUCGAGAAAAGGCAGAAAAGGUUCUUACACAGAUACCAUUGGAUUAAGAAUUAUUCGUGAACAUGUAGCCAAAUAUAUUUCAAGAAGAGAUGGUUAUCCUGCUGAUCCAGAUGAUGUCAUACUGUUAAAUGGUGGAGCAAGAGGAAUACAGGUUGGAUUAGCAUCACUCAAAACCAGUUCACAUGAUGGUAAGGGCAGGGCAGGACUUAUGGUUCCAAUACCUGUAUUUCCUCAAUACACUGCAAGGAUCGUAGAAUACAACUUCCAUCAGAUUAAUUACUAUUUGGAUGAAGAAAACAACUGGAGUUUAAACAUCAAUGAACUGAAGAGAGCUUUAGAGGAAGCAAAGCCACUCUGUAAACCAAGGGGACUGGUACUCAUUAAUCCAGGAAAUCCCACAGGACAAAUCUUGACGUACGACAACAUCAGGGACCUUAUCAAGUUUUGCGCUAGCGAGAAACUGGUUUUAUUUGCUGAUGAAGUGUACCAGGAAACAGUAUUUACCAAUGAGGCCAAGUUCCACUCGUGCAAAAAGGUUCUAAGAGACCUUGGACCCGACUACAAUAAUUUUCAACUGAUGUCAAUAAAUUCAGCUUCCAAGGGGUUUUAUGGCGAAUGUGGUUUAAGGGGAGCGUAUAUGGAGUUGGUCGGGUUCAGCAAAGAAGUUAAACACCAGUUUAGGAAUUUUAUGUCACCAAGUGUGAGCCCUACCACGAUUGGACAGGCCGCCGUGAGUGCGAUUUGUACUCCGCCUCAACCUGGUGACGAGUCGUACGAGACAUUUAUUAAGGAGAAGAUGGCCAUUUUAGACUCGUAUCAAAGGAAAGCCAAGAUCACCACCUCAAUGUUGAAUUCUCUUGAAGGAAUAACGUGUAGUGAAGUAACUGGAGCCUUGUAUGCAUUUCCCAGAGUUCAUCUUCCACGGAAAGCUAUAGAAGAGGCUAAGCUCAACAAUUGCAAACCAGACGAGUUCUACUGUUGGCAGAUGUUAGAGGCUACUGGAAUAACUCCCGUUCCUGGGACUAAUUUCGGACAGAAACCAGGAACACACCAUUUUAGGCUUACUAUUUUACCGUCUGAAGACAAAGUAGUGCCCAUGUUCGAGACAAUUAGCAAGUUUCACAAGGAAUUCAUGGACAAAUACAAAGACGAUGAUGAUGACAAACAAUGAUACAUUCACCAGAAAAAGCACUGUGUGUCUAAACAUGAAAUACCACCUUGGUCACAAGGGUUGGAAAAAAUUCAUUCUUAAAGCAUUUUGCCACUCCCUACCCCUGUGCAAUGUUGACAAGACACUUUCAUCGAACACAAGUUUGCAUUUUACCAUUUUCCAACUUUGAAAGGGGGAAUGGGAGUGUUGACUCUUAUUCUGUAGGUAUUACUGUUAUGAUUUCAUGUCUUUGCGCACUUUCCAACACAAUUUGUCCAUGGUUGCAGUUUCCUUAUUUAAGAGAUAACUACUAGCUAAAUCAACCUCGUUCCUCGGGCUUUUCCUUUGAAUUUUGGGAUAGGGGAUUGGGAAAGGGUCUUUCCCAGUAGGUGUGGCACAAGUAAAAUGAAAAAAAGAGUAACUUUAUCUGAGUGUGAACGUAUCAACACUGAUCUGCUAAUUGAGGCAUUCAUUACUUGAAAGACCUCAGUACAAUUCCCUUUGCCAAAGAAGAAAAACAUUAUUUACUGCCCGAACAAUACUCUAUACAUCAUCAUGAAGUAGUAUUUACCGAGUCUGGUUUUAUUUCCUUGCUGCCCUCGUUUUAUUGAAAAUAACUCAGUUUACAAAGUACAGAGUUGAAUAUAUAGUGUACGUAAAAUGCUAAUUGACUAUAACUGACUCUAGUCAUUUGACUAUAGUCAAUUAGCAUUUUGCGUACACUAUAUAUUCAGCUCUGUACUUUGAAAUUUAAACUGAAGAUGGCAGAAGAUUCUGUUGAAACGUGUUUUUAAAAAACGGUGUGUUGUUUCUAAAACUUUUAACAUGUCUGCUACUAUCCAGACCUUUUAAAAAUACCUCUAAUUUUUAAAACCUGGAUCAUUGGAUAGUGCAAUUCCAGAGUUUUUAUUGGCUUAGCCAUCUUGGUAUAUGAGCAAUUAUAGAUAUUAGAGUGGAUAGAGUGAGAUUUAGUUUCACUGUUUCCCUCACUGUACAUAUAUAGUGUAACCGAGAGACCAUGAUCUUAGUUUCUUACUGUCUCCAAAUUCAGUUCUUAUUUAUAAAAAUUGUGAUCAUACCUUAAAAUCUCGUCAUGAAUCUUUCUUCCGCUGUACUUUUUUCCAUGAAGUUUUCUCAUUUCCGUGAAGUUUUCUCAUUUCCGUGGGCAUUGAGUGAUUUAAUUCAAACUUUUUGACGAGCAUCCCCGACCUUUUCACACGGGAGGGCGAAGUCUUGCAUUAUGUAAAUUCAUCUGCUUUGGAAUUAAAUUCAAUUUUGCACUUGGUGUACAAAACAUUA